AUGGGCAGAGCAGCGAGAUGGUUCAAGGGCAUUUUCGGUAUGAAAAAGAGCAAAGAGAAAGAGAACCGAGUUUCCGGCGGCGGAGAAGAUUCCGGCAAAGGCGGAGGAGAAUCUGGUGGGUCCAAUAUUCACCGGAAAGUUCUCCAAGCAGACUCCGUCUGGCUCAGAACUUACAUGGCGGAAACAGACAAGGAACAGAACAAACACGCGAUUGCGGUUGCUGCCGCCACUGCCGCAGCCGCAGACGCAGCGGUUGCAGCGGCACAAGCUGCUGUCGCGGUGGUCAGACUAACAAGUAACGGAAGAGCCGGAGGAUAUUCCGGCGGGAGCGGAGUUUCCGGGUCCACAAUGGAGCGGUGGGCCGCCGUGAAAAUCCAAACAGUCUUCAAGGGCUAUUUGGCGAGAAAAGCGUUAAGAGCUUUGAAAGGUCUAGUGAAGCUACAAGCUUUAGUGAGAGGAUACUUAGUCCGCAAACGCGCCGCGGAAACGUUUCAUAGCAUGCAAGCUCUCUUCAGAGCACAAACCAGCGUUCGAUCUCAACGCAUGAUCCGCUCCUCUCUCACCAGAGACAACAACAAUAACAUGUUUCAUCCUCGAUAUUCUCUUGAGAGGUUUGAUGAUUCGAGAAGCGAAAUCCAUAGCAAGAGAAUAUCAAUCUCUGUAGAGAAACAGAGCAACAACAACGCCGUGUACGAUGAGACCAGUCCCAAGAUCGUUGAGAUUGACACUUUUAGGACGAAAUCAAGAUCCAAGAGAAUGAAUGUUGCUGUCUCCGAGUGUGGAGAUGAUUUCAUCUAUCAAGGCAAAGAUUUCGAAUGGAGUUUUCCAGGAGAGAAAAGCAAAUUCCCUACGGCUCAAAACACGCCAAGAUUCUCUUCAUCGGCGGCGAAUAAUCAUCAUUACUACUACACACCGCCUUCACCGGCGAAAAGCGUUUGCAGAGACGCUUGUUUUAGGCCAAGUUAUCCUGGUUUGAUGACACCGAGCUAUAUGGCUAAUACGCAGUCGUUUAAGGCUAAGGUUCGUUCGCAUAGUGCGCCGCGACAGCGUCCUGAUAGGAAAAGGUUGUCGCUUGAUGAGAUUAUGGCGGCUAGGAGUAGCGUUAGCGGCGUGAGGAUGGCGCAAACGCAACCGCUAUUGCUGCAACAAGAAAAACGCUCUUCCUGUUCUUAUGAUAAACAGUUUCCUCAAGAACCGGCGGAUUUUAGAUUCUAUAAUUAGAAAGAAACGUUUCUUUUUUCGUCCUUAAUAAGAGAACGUCAUUGCUUUUGACUUUUCAUCGAGGACCCUUUUUUUUCUCUUGGUUUUUAUGUUCUCCCUU